AUGUAAGUUGGACUCAACAAGUUUGGAUUUUCUUUUGAUAAAAAAAUAGGAAGUGGUUCUUUUGGACAAAUCUUUUUAGGAACAAACAAAUAAAAUGGACAGGAUGUAGCUAUUAAAUUAGAAGCUAUCGCCAAUAAACAUCCAUAACUAAUCUUUGAGGGCAAGAUCUACAAAGUAUUACAAGGAGGAUUGGGCAUUCCAUAAUCCUAUUGGGUUGGAAGUGAAGGAGAAUACAAUAUAUUAGUGAUGGAACUACUUGGUCCCAACUUAGAAGAUCUGUUUAAUUAGUGCAAAAGACACUUUUCAUUAAAAACAGUUUUAAUGAUUGCCUAAUAGAUGCUUUAAAGAAUUGAAUUUAUUCAUAGCAAAAAUCUAAUUCAUAGAGAUAUCAAACCUGACAAUUUCCUAAUUGGAUUAAAUUAAAAGAAUGAUUUAGUUUAUAUCAUUGACUUUGGACUCUCUAAGAAAUAUCGAGAUUAGAGAACUAAUCUCCAUAUACCAUAUAGAGAAGGUAAAAGCUUGACAGGAACAGCUAGAUAUGCAAGUGUGAAUACUCAUUUAGGAGUUGAGUAGAGUAGAAGAGAUGAUUUAGAAGCAAUUGGAUAUGUUUUGGUUUAUUUUAUAAAUGGUUAAUUACCUUGGUAAGGAUUAAAAACAGAUAAUAAGAAAGAUAAGUAUGAAAAAAUUGCUGAAUCCAAAAUUGCUACAUCAAUCGAAAAAUUGUGUGAUGGAUUACCUGAAGAGUUUUCCAUUUAUUUUAAUUAUUGCAAAAGCUUAAAAUUCGAAGAGAGACCUGAUUAUGUUUGGCUAAAGAAAUUAUUUAAAGAUCUUUUUACAAGAAUGAAAUUUCCAAAUGAUAACAUUUUUGAUUGGACUAAAUUAUGA